UAUACACAAACACACACACACACACACACACACACACACACACAAUUCUAAAACACAUCAUUGGCACUCCUGAAUCUCCUUUCCACUUUUCAAGUUAUUGUACACGCAAUAAAAAAAACGCUACAAUUAUUCUAGGGAAGGUUACACUUAUCAGUAGAUACCAUAUCACAUACCACUGGUGCUGGGCUCUCCCCAUCACUUGCGCUCCGAGUGAUUUUGAGGAUGGACUUCGGUUCAGUAGAGUUGGAGGCAUUUGGGGGAAGAAUUUAUACACUGUACUAAGACAUAUACUGCGCACUUUUGGAGGAAAGAUUUAUAUUGUUUACUUUUGGUGGAAAGAUUUAUACUGUGUAAUUUUGGAAGGAAAGACUUACACUGUGUACUGAGACUUAUCCUGAAUACUUUUAAAGGAAAAACUGUGUACUAGGGAUCUGAUUCAGUUCAUUUCCGAAUAUUUAGACCUAAAGAUACGAUAACAAAAGGGUUUCAGAUAUCGGAGUUGGAAGAGUGAAAUAACGUUCAUAAUAGUGAUAUUUUUGUGCAUGUGUCUACACCUCUUUAACUAUAUCGUUGUUGGUGAAAUCUCUUAAUUAAAUAAGAAUAAUCCUUAUUACAAUAAAGGAUCUAUUCUAUUUUUAAAAAAAUGAAUGAAUGAUAAAUUACAUAAAUGCGUUAAUCUUUAUCUGCGCACCUGUCGAAGUGGCGUUUACUAUACUGCAACAAGAAGUAACGGUGACCUCAGCAUUAAAGCCAUGGGUGCAAUCCUCAAUCGAUUGAUCGCAGAGGGAGACGUACCGGGCGUCCAACAAGCGCUGAGCCAAGGGACGUCUCCCGAUGGGGCCAAAAACGAAGCGAAGAAACCCAUCCACCUCGCCACUGAAAGGGGUUCUCUGGCGAUCAUAAAAUCGCUGUGCAAUAAGGGUGCUGAUGUCAACGUACGAGAUCUAUCUAAUUCGGGGAGAGCACCGCUACAUAUUGCUAUUAGAAAGAAUACCCCUGAUAUCGUGAAGUUCCUUCUUGAGAAACAGGCAAGACCGAGUGUGGCUGACGAUACAGGAGAGACCCCGCUUCACACGGCAAUAGAAAUGAAUGAUAUCACUUCUGUCGGUCUUCUGCUGAAAUAUAAAGCUAAUGUUCAUUUGAAAGACGCAUCACAUAAUUUCCCACUCCAUAUUGCUGUGAGAAAAAAUAACUGCGAGAUCGUCAAUAUGCUGUUGAAUGCUGGAGCUUCAGUGCAUAUUGUGGAUGCAUCAGGCGACUGGUUGCUUCACGUGGCUGCAAAGUUCGCGUCCACUACCAUAUUGGAGAAGCUGAAAGAGAAGGGAUGCAAAGUAAAUAAACGCAACGCAGACGGGUUGUCGCCACUGCAUCUGGCUGCUAAGUCGCGCAACCUGGAGGCAGUCAAUUGGUUCACGGACAAUGGAGCAAAACUCGACGAUCUGGAUGGUAAGAAGAAGACACCGGAGAACAGAGCAGUACGAGGGAAGCAGAAACAUCUGGUGCAGAGGAGAAAUGACCGUACGGGUCUGAAAACAGAGGGGAAGAUCUGUCAUAUUUUAGUAAAGGGCGAUGUGGAGGCCCUGAGGCAGCUGAUACCACACCAUGACAUAGACGCCCUCUGUGUCAGAGAAAAUAAUAAAGGUCUUCGCGCGGUCCACUACGCUGCGAUCGGAGGCCGCGUGGAGAUGCUGAAGGUCCUGAAGGAGAACAAGUUUGACUUUCAGGCCGCCACGCAGCAGGGCUUGACGCCGCUCCACUACGCUGUAAGGUACGGUCACCUGGACGCCGCCAAGUGGCUUGUCACGGAGGCUGGCUCGAGGGCUUCCCUUCGUGACAACAAGGGCAACAGCGCCCUGGACAUGGCGAGGCAAGCGAAGAAAGAGCAGAUUCAAGAAUAUCUACAAAGGACCGCCCAAGGAACAAUCGGCCGACACAGGCUCCUCGGCCUCUGGGAGGCUCAACCAACAAGGACUCGGGAAGGGCAUGGGAAGGCUCUGGCGAAGGACUUGCACGAACAGCUUACCGAAGUAGAGAGGCGGCGUGCCCCUCGGCCUGCUUACCCCCUAUGGAGACCCGUGGAAAGAGAGCAGGAGAAAGAACCUGCGAAGGAGGCGGAUCCCAAGACCGCCCAAGGAACAAUCGGCCGACACAGGCUCCUCGGCCUCACGGAGGCUCAACCAACAAGGACUCGGGAAGGGCAUGGGAAGGCUCUGGCGAAGGACUUGCACGCACAGCUUACCGAAGUAGAGAGGCGGCGUGCCCCUCGGCCUGCUUACCCCCUAUGGAGACCCGUGGAAAGAGAGCAGGAGAAAGAACCUGCGAAGGAGGCGGAUCCCAAGACCGCCCAAGGAACAAUCGGCCGACUCUGGCUCCUCGGCCUCACGGAGGCUCAACCAACAAGAACUCGGGAAGGGCAUGGGAAGGCUCUGGCGAAGGACUGGCACGCACAGCUUACCGAAGUAGAGAGGCGGCGUGCCCCUCGGCCUGCUUACCCCCUAUGGAGACCCGUGGAAAGAGAGCAGGAGAAAGAACCUGCGAAGGAGGCGGAUCCCAAGCUUACCGAAGUAGAGAGGCGGCGUGCCCCUCGGCCUGCUUACCCCCUAUGGAGACCCGUGGAAAGAGAGCAGGAGAAAGAACCUGCGAAGGAGGCGGAUCCCAAGGCCUGUGUGGGUGAAGCUUUGUCAUCCGGUGACUUGAAGAUCCUGAUAAAACUGAUCGAAAAAGGGACUGACGUGGAUACUCUGAUUUACGAGAGUAACGACCAAGGGAUGCGAGCAGUUCAUUACGCUGCCCAGAGCGGCAACAUGGAGAUGCUGAGAGCACUGAAGCAGAGGAAAGUCGACCUGAAGUCUGUGACCCGGAAAGGCUUCACGGCCCUUCACUGCGCCGUCUUGAACGGCCAGCUGGACGCCGUCCGGUGGCUGGUGGCAGAAGCGGGUCUCGACGCUGCCUGCCACAGCAAAGGGGGAGAAACUGCCCUGGACUUGGCAAAAACACUAAAAAAGACAGAGAUUAGCAACUACUUGCAGGAGGACACAACACAAAGAGCUGAAAGACAAUUUCUGAUUGCUCGGAGGAGAAUUCAGGGUUUCAAACCACAGCCUCACCCAGAAGCAGCCGGCCGACCCUUGUUCCUCGGUCGUCCUCCUACUCCGGCAGGAACUCGUGAAAGAGACCAGGAAAGGAAGGAAGAGCCAAAGGAGAUGGAUGAGCAGGCCUGUGUGAAGAAAGCUUUGUCAUCCGGUGACUUGAAGAUCCUGAUAAAACUGAUCGAAAAAGGGACUGACGUGGAUACUCUGAUUUACGAGAGUAACGACCAAGGGAUGCGAGCAGUUCAUUACGCUGCCCAGAGCGGCAACAUGGAGAUGCUGAGAGCACUGAAGCAGAGGAAAGUCGACCUGAAGUCUGUGACCCGGAAAGGCUUCACGGCCCUUCACUGCGCCGUCUUGAACGGCCAGCUGGACGCCGUCCGGUGGCUGGUGGCAGAAGCGGGUCUCGACGCUGCCUGCCACAGCAAAGGGGGAGAAACUGCCCUGGACUUGGCAAAAACACUAAAAAAGACAGAAAUUUCUAAUUAUUUGAGCGGGUUGAUCCAAAAACCAAGGGGCGCAGAGGGAACGAUUCUCCGGCCCAACGUUCUACCCAUGUGGGUUAGGGAAGGUGACGCCAUGCAAGAUCUAAACCUGAAGAAGCAAGCCAAGGAAGCUGCGAGAGCCGGAGAUGUUCAGGGAGUGAGAGCGGUUAUGCAACGAGGCUUCCGCGUCGAUACGGAGUUCCAGGAGGCUACGAAUCAAGGCUGGCGACUUCUUCACUUUGCUGCCGACGGAGGGCACGCAGCCCUUGUUGCCUUUUUGAUACAGGAGAAUGCCAAUGUCAAUGCUGUAGCGAAGGACGGCAUGACACCGCUCCACCUGGCGUCCUGGGGAGGCCACACGGAGGUCAUCAGGGAACUGCUUUCUAACCGCGCAAACGGGAAAGCUAAGACCACAGAAGGCAUGACGGCGAUCCACCUGGCGAGCAUGGGCGGCCAUGUGUCCUCGAUGGAGGCGUUGGUGCCCACGUGUGACAUCCUUUCAGUCACUAGCGAAGGGAUGUCGGCGCUCCACUUGGCGGCCGAGUAUGGAAACUUAGGUGCAGUCCAAUGGCUGCGCCUCCAAGGGCUUGACGCUUCUUUAAGGGAUAACAAAGGCUGGACUCCUCGGCAGUACGCGAAGGACGAGGGACAGAAGAAGGUAGUGGAGUUCUUGGAGAAACUGGAAAAGCAGCAUUCACCGCAAGGGCUUACGCAACACGAGAAAGAACUGAGCGAACUCCAGGGAAAGUUGAAAGCCAAGGAGACGGAAAUCCAGCUUCUCAACAGGCGACAGCAGUUGAAAGAUCAAGUGCAGGAAAGAACACAAGCUCAGAUCAAGAACGAACUGCAAGAAAUGCGUGAGGUUCUGAAAGCCCAAAACGACAUGAUUGCCCGUCUUCAAAACACGAUGUUGUCGAAAGACGAACCGGAAAAGGAGGAAAAGAAGUAACACUGAUGGAAUCCAUGACACCCACUUAAUCGAAGCUAACGGCUACGAGAACUUUAUCUAUUUGGUUAUAUAUAGGGGGAAGAGUCUGAAAAAUCAAGACUUGAUGUGCAAGCCAUCUUUAUGAAAUCUUAAGGAUGAGUAAUAUAUAUAUAUAUAUAUAUAUAUAUAUAUAUAUAUAU